UUGCUUAUCUUUUCAGAAAACCAAAUGCAAUGCUUCAGAUGCUUUUCGAAACGACCCAGUGUAGCUUUUAUUACCUGUUAAUUAAUGAUAAAAAGAUCCGUGUCACUGUGCUCUGUUUAGAAGAUACUCUCAAAUUUAAACAUGCAUGAUUUCAAUUUCUAAUCGAUCGGCUUCCUCGGGAUGAUUGAAAUCUUACGUCAGAAACCAUGCAUUUAAUUUCAGAGCUUGCUCUGCACUCUGCAUGAAUCAUUUUUCUUUCAAAAUAGAUAUGCACCUUCAGAAUAAGCGUGAAAACAUUUACUUCUUUAAUUGUGGAAAUCAUCACUUGUUCAUUUUGCCAUUUUUCAAUCGCUUUUAGAAAAAAUAUAUGUGGAUUACAAACCGAAGAGACAGAUGGCUUCAAAGGAAUUUUUUUCUGUUAUUUAGUGCUUAGUUUUUAAAGUGCUUCAUUAUUCAUGAUCGACAUACUGUUUUCUUGUCAUAGACUCUUGGGCCGGUGUAUCUUGACCGCUGGUAUAAAAGAACAGCGCAUGUUCAUCUGGGACAUAUUCCGCACACAAUCAGCUGAUUUUGAAGUGAACGAUGUAUCCAUACUUCAUCCCAUUCAUUUACACGUAUACCUACGUUACGAUGUUAGCUUUCAGUACUGUGAUACCACGAACAGGUAAUACCACUGACAUCGACGGACAGUACAAUAGUACUAACGUGUACUCAGAACAAGUACUUAGUAUUCUGGAGCAAAAUAAUGGUAUUCUUGACAACCCAGAUGAGCCCAAUAGUACUGAAAAUCAGUGUCAAUUAUGUCAUAUCCGAGAAAGUCAAAAACGUCUCAGAAAGGAAUCAAUUAAAAAUAAAUUAAUGCACGCCUUGCGAUUGGAUGUAUUUGGAUUACCAAACGUUACACGGAGACACUUCCCGAGGGUCCCCUCUUAUGAGAGAAUACGAGAACAAUACAACAGAGAAAUUGAUUUAGAAGAAAUGCGAAUGCAACGUGAUCAGCCAUAUUCGUAUGAGGAGCGAGUUGUAGAAGAAGAAGAAGAAUUCGGCAGACCGGAAAGAACAUUUAUUAUGUCCGAAAACCCGCCAACCUCUCUUGGAAUAGAGGUACCAAAUGCAGUGUAUUUUAAUAUACCCAGAAUGGAGAACAGAGAUGUUAAGCGUGCGAUCCUCUGGGUUUAUAUAGCACCACGCAGUCAAUUCCACUUACCAAAGAACGUGUCAGAAAUAUUUCUCUAUAAGUUGGUUCCCCCUGGGAAACGUGGUGGACCACCAGUCAAAAGGUUUCUGAAAAAGAGGAAAAGGGCCAUUUCUAAUGUAAUUGGUUGGCAUCAUUUUGAUAUCACUGAUCUUGCGCGUAGAUGGGCAUCAAAUCCUGCCACAAACCUUGGAAUCGUGGUGGAGGCCCUAGAUGGAAACGAUGAAAAUUUAAUCGUGUUACCCACGGGAUCUGCAAAUAAUGCUGGAUUUGAACCAAGUCUUGACUUCAAAACAACGACCGCUGUUCAAAAUCAUCGAAGAAAGAGGUCUACCGUCUUAAACUGCAACGAAGAGAACCAGUUUGACACGUGCUGUCGGUAUCCAUUGACGGUCGAUUUUGUGGAGUUUGGCUGGGAUUUUGUUAUCGCUCCUCAGCGAUAUGACGCCUAUUACUGUGCCGGGGAAUGUCGUCACGAGGGGCUGAGCCAAUCCGGUCAUUCUGCUGUCGUUCAACACAUUCCGGAUUCCAGGAUCAUUGGCUCCAAUCCCGGACCCUGCUGUACGCCUGUCCGGAUGGCAACUCUCAAAAUGCUUUACUUUGACCAUAAUUCGAGAAUUCAGUUGACGACACUGCCUAGAAUGAAAGUCAUGCGCUGUGGAUGCGCAUAAUGAAACAAAGCAAUGUAUUCGCGAUGGAAAACACAUAUUUUUGAAUGAUUGGUGUAAGGUGUAAUAUAUAUGCGCUUUCAUGGGAACGGUCAAUGCGUCCGCUUUGCUUUCCUUCUUCCAUUUGGGCGUUUGUCGAAUAGGGUAUUUGUCUGAGGAAUAUUUAUGAACAGAAAUCCCACGAAUGAUCUCCAUUUAUUGUUGUUAGCAUUUGUUAUUUUAUGGUAGGCUUUUGACUGUUAAAAAUGCGUAUAUGACGUGUUCUUUUCUUGUUUGUAUAUUUGAAUGGAUUGAUAUUUAUUAUACCCCACGUAACGAAGUUGCGAUGGGUAUAAUGUUUUUGACCCGUCCGCCAGUCUGUCAGUCCCUUUUUUGUCAGCGCAACACCUCUGAAACCGCUCAACAGAAUUUCGUGAAACUUUGUAGUUAAUAAGGACACACAGUGUAGAUGUGCAUAUUCCCAGGAAAUUCUGCUUCAAUAAUUUUUCUGGGAGUUAAGCCCUUUUUGAACUUAGAAUUUCAAGCCCGUCUCUCCUUUUCUUGUCAUCGCAACUCCUCCGCGACCGCUCAACAGAAUUUUGUGAAACUUUGUAGUUAAUAAGGACACACUAUUUAAAUGUCCAUAUUCUCAGAAACUUCUGAUUUAUUAAUUUUUCUUGGAGUUAUGCCCCUAUUGCAUUUAGAAUUUUGAGUCCGUCUGUCUUAUUCUUGCAGUAAUUCAUAACAUUACCAUUCAUUAUGUGAGGCAUUGUGAAGCAAUGUUGGAGCGUGGGCUAUGUGAGCUUGCUCACCUCUGCUUUCUUUCAUCUUUAUAGUUAUUGUGCACUUAUAUUCGAUAAAUGUUUAGAAUUGAUUUAUAAAAUGUUAAUGUGAAAAUAACUUUUCAUUCCCGUCAUCAUGGAAUAGGUUAAUUUUGGGAUUCAUACGCGAUGCCAACAUGAUUCACUUUUUCUUCAUCGCUUUCUUUCAAGUGGAGGCAGGUUGCGCCAAUGUUGAAUUAAGCUUAAUGUCAAUCACUUUCACACAUGCAUGAGUUCGUAUCACUUACAUUGACAUGUCAAUUUCUAUUGACGCGUGUAAUUCUAUUUUCGUAUCUUGCAUUCCAGAGUAAUGUAAUCAACAUCGUUUUAACAGAUGGUUAUCAGUUUGACAAAUUGACAUUUCUUAUGUUGAUGCUAUUCACAUGAAGCGAAAUCAACUGUGAUAUCCUGAAAUAAAUGGCUUUUGUUUUGAA